AAAGUGAGUACCUUGGUUUUAUCCCCAGUGACAUUCCCUUUUCUGCUGCCCUUCUCAUCUUCUCUUUUUUUCUCCACCAGGUAAACAGAAGAGUCAAAAUUAUGCAGAGCCACGUCUGCUGCCACUGAAAACAACAACAUGUGAAGCAGGAAAAGGGAAGUAGAGAAACAAGUGAAGGACAGAAGAAAAUAGAUCUCCGGCUUCUCAGGGUAUAGAUGUUUCUGAACUCCACACGAUGUUAAUUUAAAAAAAAGGAAUGCAGACGUUUUCCAUUGAUAGAAAUAUAUACCUCCUAUUUGAACAAAAAUAGUUGAGUUUACCUGUGAAUAACUACAAAUAACAGUAGUGUUUCAUGGGAAAAAUGUUAGAGAGGAGAGAAAGUAUAAAGGCUUCUCUGAGAUAAGAUCAGCCAAUGCUCUCUCCUUAGCUCACAUGAAAGAACUCACAUGGAGAAAAGCUAUAGAAAUGCAUAGAAGGUGGAGAGAGCUUCAGCCUAACCAGCACCAUCAGUAGACUCCAACUAACUCUCAUACAGGAGAGAAAUGAUAUAAACUAAUGGAAUGUGGAAAGCACUUCAGUGUUAGCAGUGACGUUCGUUCCCAUCAUAUCACUCACGUAGGGGAGAAACCAUAUAAAUGCAUGGUAUGUGGAAAGGCGUUCAGCCGAAGUGGUCAUCUUAUUUCACAUCAAGUUACUCACACUGAGGAGAAACCUUAUCAAUGCAUGGAAUGUGGAGAGACAUUCAGCCAAAGCAGUAACCUUAGUUCACAUCAAAGAACUCACACUGGGGAAAAACCAUAUGAAUGCAUGGAAUGUGCUGAAAGCUUCAGCCAAGGCUCUCACCUUAGAACACAUCAAAGAAUACACACUGGGGAAAAACCAUAUGAAUGCAUGGAAUGUGCUGAAAGCUUCAGCCAAGGCUCUCACCUUAGAACACAUCAAAGAAUACACACUGGGGAAAAACCAUAUGAAUGCAUGGAAUGUGCUGAAAGCUUCAGCCAAGGCUCUCACCUUAGAACACAUCAAAGAAUACACACUGGGGAAAAACCUUAUCAGUGCAUGGAAUGUGGGAAGUCCUUUAGUUGCAGCAGUUACCUUAUUUCACAUCAAAGAAUUCACACAGGGGAGAAGCCCUAUCAAUGUAUGGACUGUGGCAAGAGCUUCAGGGAGACUGGUACCCUAAAUAAACAUAAAAGAACUCACACAGGGGAGAAGCCCUAUCAAUGUAUGGAAUGUGGAUACAGUUCCAGGGACAGUGGUACCCUAAGUAGACAUAAAAGAACUCACAUGGGGAAGAAACCCUAUAAAUGCAUGGAAUGUGGAGAGACAUUCAGCCAAAGCAGUCACCUUAGUUCACAUCAUAGAAUUCACACUGGGGAAAAACCAUAUAAAUGCAUGGAAUGUGCUGAAAGUUUCAGGCAAGGCUCUCACCUUAGAACUCAUCAAAGAAUUCACACUGGGGAGAAACCAUAUCAAUGCAUGGAAUGUGAGAAGACCUUCAGUGAUAGCGGUAGCCUUACUUUACACCAAAGAACUCACACAGGGGAGAAACCAUACAAGUGCAUGGAAUGUGGAAAAAUCUUUAGUCGCAGUAGUCAUCUUAAGUCCCAUGAAAGAACUCACACAGGAGAGAAACCAUAUAAAUGUGUGGAAUGUGGAAAAAGUUUCAGUGACAGCGGUAGCUUUAGUUUACAUCAAAGAACUCACACGGGAGUGAAACCAUAUAAGUGUAUGAAAUGCGGAAAAAGCUUCAGCAACAGCAGUCACCUUAUUUCACAUGAAAGAAUUCACACUGGGGAGAAACCCUAUGAAUGCGUGAAAUGUGGAAAGAGCUUCAGCAACAGCAGUGCCCUAAGUAGGCAUCAGAAAAUUCACACAGAGGAAAAACCAUAGAAAUGCAUGGAAUAUGGAAAGAACACCAUUCAUAGCAGUAGCAUUAGUUCAUAUAAAAUAACUUACACAAACGGAGAAGCAAUAUAGAAGAAUGGAAUGAAGAAAUUCUGAAACAGAAGAAUUUUUUUUUAAAAAAACCAAUAAUACAUUGAAAAGAAACUUAAACCAAAAACACUUCCUCACUAUAUUACAUUAAACCCACUAACACUGAAUUAUAUUACUCGUAACCACAUUUCUCCCUCCACCCAUGCCACCUUCACCCUUUUAUUUUUCUUUUGUUUC